AACCAUAGUCCAUUAAUGAGUUUUGGAGCCAGCUUUGUCAGUUUUUUGAAUGCCAUGAUGACAUUUGAAGAAGAAAAGAUGCAGCUGGCCUGUGAUGACUUAAAGGCUACAGAGAAACUCUGUGAAAGUGAAGAAGCUGGAGUUAUAGAAACAAUCAAGAAUAAAAUUAAAAAGAAUGUUGAUGGACGAAAAUCCACUCUAUCCAUGAUAGAUCGUCUACAAAGACAAAUAAUUGUAGCAGACUGUCAAGUCUACUUGGCUGUGCUCUCAUUUGUAAAACAGGAGUUAUCAGCGUACAUAAAAGGUGGGUGGAUACUCCGAAAAGCCUGGAAAAUUUACAAUAAGUGCUACACGGACAUUAAUACGCUUCAGGAAAUAUAUCAGAAGAAAACAACUCAGGAAUCCUUGACUUCUGAUGCUGCAAAUGAUAAUCAUAUUGCUGCAGAAGGUGUAACGGAGGAUUCGCUAAACAGACUGAAAGGUGCUGUUAGCUUUGGAUAUGGACUUUUUCAUCUUUGCAUAUCCAUGGUGCCCCCAAACCUGCUCAAAAUCAUCAACCUGCUGGGUUUUCCUGGAGACCGCCUACAGGGGCUUUCUUCACUGAUGUAUGCAAGUGAAAGUAAGGACAUGAAGGCCCCUUUAGCUACAUUAGCUCUGUUGUGGUACCACACAGUUGUUCGUCCCUUUUUUGCCCUUGAUGGCAGCGAUAACAAGGCAGGAUUGAAAGAGGCAAAAGAGAUUCUUGCAAAAAAAGAAUCUGCUUAUCCGAAUUCUUCUCUGUUCAUGUUCUUCAAGGGAAGGAUACAGCGAUUAGAGUGUCAGAUCAAUAGUGCCUUGGCCUCAUUUCAUACCGCUUUGGAACUUGCAACAGACCAAAGGGAGAUUCAACAUGUCUGCUUAUAUGAAAUAGGUUGGUGCAGCAUGAUAGAGAUGAAUUUCAAAGAUGCAUUUGAAUCCUUUGAAAGGCUUAAAAAUGAAUCCAGGUGGUCCCAGUGCUACUAUGCUUAUUUAACAGCAGUAUGUCAAGGAGCCACUGGUGAUGUCAAUGGUGCUCAGAAUGUGUUUAAGGAAGUUCAGAAGCUUUUCAAAAGGAAAAACAAUCAGAUUGAACAAUUUUCAGUGAAAAAGGCAGAUAGAUUUAGAAAGCAAAUGCCAACCAAAGAACUCUGUGUCUUGGCAUCUAUUGAAGUAUUGUACUUAUGGAAAGCCCUUCCAAACUGUUCCCUCUCGAACCUACAGCACAUGAGCCAAGCUUGUCAGGAUGUUGAUGAUUCAUCAGCUGUUGGUUUAAAGAAUUUGCUUCUUGGUGCCAUACAUAAAUGCUUAGGAAAUUCUGAAGACGCCGUUCAGUUCUUUCAGCGAGCUGCUAAAGAUGAACUGUGCCGUCAGAACAACUUGUAUGUCCAGCCAUAUGCUUGCUAUGAACUUGGCUGUCUUCUGUUAGACAAUCCAGAGACUGUGCCAAGAGGCAAGACUUUACUUCUCCAAGCCAAGGAGGAAUUUACAGGCUAUGACUUUGAGAACAGAUUGCACGUCCGCAUACACGCAGCCUUAGCCUCUCUAAGGGAAGUAGUUCCACAGUGACGGACAGGAAGUCUUGUUAUCCUUUCCCACAGUUUCUGCACUUUAAGAUGAAGCAGAAGAAAAAGCUGUUGGGAAGACCAGCUUUUCUUCUGAAAACCACUUGUGCCAGAGACACUUUCCUAGUACGGUCAGGGUUGGUAUGGCUUAGUAAACCAUUAUGAUUUUAACUAAAAGUAAAUCAACCAGGAAGAAGGUUAAGUGACCUUGUGUUUUUAACUCUUCAAUUUUUAUUUUGUUUAA